GGCGCGAGCGGUGCUUUCUGCGUUAACCUAGAAGAAAGGCAGCUGAGGGGGGAAAAAAUCAAGCUUCUGCAAUAUAAGUUCAUCUCUCUGUGGAAUAAAGUAGAACCAGCGAGCCAUCAUGCCGAACAUGGAACAGAAUUUGUUUAACCUGAAGUUUGCAGCCAAAGAGCUACAGCGAAGCUCAAAGAAAUGCGACAAGGAAGAGAAAGCAGAGAAGGCCAAAGUGAAAAAGGCGAUUCAGAAAGGUAACAUGGAUGUGGCGCGGAUCCACGCAGAGAACGCCAUCAGACAGAAAACCCAGUCCGUGAACUUCCUGAGAAUGAGCGCCAGGGUGGACGCCGUGGCGGCGAGAGUGCAGACCGCCGUCACCAUGAACAAGGUCACUAAAUCCAUGGCCGGAGUGGUGAAGGGCAUGGACGUGACCCUGAAGAGCAUGAACCUGGAGAAGAUUUCGGCUCUGAUGGAAAAAUUCGAGCGCCAGUUCGAAACUCUGGACGUUCAGACGCAACAGAUGGAGGACAGCAUGAGCAGCACGACAACACUUACAACUCCACAGAACCAGGUGGACAGUUUGAUGCAGGAGAUGGCAGAUGAAGCUGGGUUGGAUCUCAACAUGGAGCUUCCCCAGGGACAGACAGGAACAUUGGCCAGCAGCGUGGCAUCUACAGAACAGGAUGAACUCUCUCAGAGGCUGGCUAAGCUCAGAGAUCAGGUCUGAGUGGAUUGACACAAGUGUGCGUGCAUGUGUGUGUGUGUGUGUGCGUGCAUGUGUGUGUGCGUGCGUGUGUGUGUGUGUGAGUCGCCAUCAUCAUAAUCCUCAUCUUCCUCAUGCUUCGUGUUCGCGAUUCUCUGAUGUCCGGAAGAUCUGCUGUUCGGAUUUCCACGCCCCCUCGACCCGGAUGUAGGUCACUCGUGGCCUUUGUGUAGUUUAGUGUAGUGUCACCAUUCCUUUCAGCUUCAGCGUACUCUGAACUCUCACCACGGACUUGAGAAAAGUCCCCGAAGACGCCGCCAUCUCACCUGCUCGCUUUUGGGAUUUAUUCGUUAGCAGGCGUUAUGUUAGCCUUGCUUUUUUUUUUCUCCCCGCUUUCGGACUGCUCAGAGAUCUCGGCACUAAUUUUACAUCCUCUUUCUUUCUCGACACAGAGGCCACCUAAUAAUAAACCACCUAAUCCAAACACUAUGAUCGAAAUAAAAAAUGUAUUUACUC